AAGUCCUUUACAGGAUCAGGUCCUGCGUUUGGCUGAAUUUGUUAGACUUUCAGGAAGUCGCUGAGGGUAACUAAUACCGUAACAGGUGGAAAGAACAUGUAGACACACAACAGGCGCCUCGAAGUCAUUUUCACCAUUUUACCUCUGCGCGGGGACGGCGUGAAUAAACUUCAUGUAGUACUUUAUGCUAGCUAGCUAGCUAGCCAAGCUAACGCCGACGUCUCAACGUUAACUUCUGUCAACUUUUUCAACCAGCCAGCGUUAUCUGCUAUUUGACUGCCUAUCGAAAUGGACGAGUGUCGUCGCAGGCCCGACCUGUCUCGAUGAAUAUUUUACACACGGACGUCUCGGAUUUACUCAGCUAAACGCUGACCUAAACUUUCUUUAAGGCUCCUUUUUGGGUUGUUUUUUUCCACUGGCAGCAUUCAAGCGCUUGCCAGGCGUCCGUUUAGGAUCAGCACUGUGAAGGCGGACAUAAACAAUGUUCUCUGUUAAACCCAUGAAACCAACCUUCAAGUGUUAUCUUCCACCUGUACAGACCGAUGUGAAGAAAGCUAUUGAACCACCCAUUAAAAAGUUGGAGCCUAAGUUACUUCAAGGGGAGAUAGUAGUUAAUGAGGUGAACUUUGUGAGGAAAUGCAUCAGCGCUGAAAGCAGCCAGGAUGACCUUUGGGGGAAGUUGAUAUGCACCAACUUUAAGGUCUCCUUCAUCCCUCAAGAUGCCCCACCGAAACAGAAGUCAAAGUUGUCCCACCUUCUGCUUGGAGAGCACGACAUCCCCCUCACCUGUCUGGAGCAAGUAGUAACAGUAAAUGAUACAAAGGGUAAGAAGAAAGUACUGGGGUCAAACCAAAAGCUGAAGUUCAACCCAACAGAGCUCAUUCUCUACUGCAAAGACUUGCGCAUCAUACGGUUCUGCUUUCAUGAGGCUGGGCCUGAGAGCGCCAAAAAGGUUUGCCUUGCUAUUGCACACUAUUCCCAUCCAGCUGAUCUUCAACUGCUGUUUGGCUUUGAGUAUCAAGGGCGGCGUUACCAUGAAUCUAAAGGGGAGCGAGUCAAUGGUUCCACCCCUCGAGGAGGAUUGCAGACCCCCAUUUUUGACCGCCCAUCUGACUGGGAUCGGGAGAUCAAGAGAACAGGGGCAUCAGAGUGGAGGGUGUGCUCCAUCAAUGAGAGCUAUGCCAUCUCACCAAGCCUCCCAGAGUACGUUGUGGUCCCGGUUUCUCUCGCUGAUCAGGAUCUGAAGCAGUACUCCAUAUUCUUCACUGAUCAGCGCAUCCCUCUCUGGUGCUGGAAUCACCCAAAUGGAAGUGCUCUUGUCCGCAUGACCAGCAUAAGUGAUCCGCUACAGCAGAGGAAGAUUGAUCAGAGGGUCUUCACUGCCAUCACAAAAAGCCACCCACAGCGCAGUGAAGUCUUCAAGUCCGAUCUAGACAAGUGUCUGCCUAACAUCCAGGACAUCCAGAGUGCCUUUGUUAAAAUCAGGCAGAUCUGUGUCAUAGAUGCUUUUGAGGAGUCUGAGGAGAGGUGGCUUUCAUCAAUUGAAAACUCGCGUUGGCUGGAGUACAUCAGGGCUUUCCUGAAACACUCAGCUGAGAUGGUCUACCACCUGGAUGGAAAGAGUUCCUCUGUCAUUCUUCAAGAGGAAGAGGACAGAGACCUGAGCUGUGUAGUGUCCUCCUUGGUGCAGCUCAUGUUGGACCCUCAUUAUCGCAGUCUCAUUGGCUUUCAGAGUUUGGUGCAGAAGGAGUGGGUGAUGGCUGGCCAUCGCUUCUUGGACAGAUGCAACCACUUAAAGAAGAAUGAGAAAGAGGAGUCUCCACUGUUCACGCUGUUCCUGGACUGCGUGUGGCAGAUGACGAAUCAGUACCCAGCAGCAUUUGAGUUCACCGAGGCAUAUCUUACAGUACUGAGUGACAGCAUGUGGAUCCCACUCUUCAGUACUUUCCUCUUCAAUUCUCCCAAACAGCGUGCUCAGCACUUGAUGGACUUUGCCAAGAAUAAAGCCAUCCCUCAAGGAGAAGACCCGGUUGUGUAUUUCCCUCCUGUUUGGAACUGGUCUCAGCAGUUCUCCACUAAAGACCAAACACUCUUUAACAACCCCAUGUACGUAGGCAAAGGAGCUGCCUGUGUUCAGAAUGGAGAAGUGAAAACCUUCACGCGCACAAAGCAGAAAGCCUACAGUUCCACUUUGCGAGGAACUUCUGCAUCUCUGCGUAAUGGACUGAAAGGUGGAGAGGAUACAUUGCCCAGACGGGGCUCUCUGUUGUCAGAGCUGAAGCCUGAUUUCUCGCCAGUGAAAGACGAAAGCCCGUCAGAGCGCUUCUUCAGGGACUGGUUCUCUCGACCUGCGGACCAGCAGGGCAUCCUGAUUCCCCUGCUCAUGCCCUCUCACGUGGCUCUCUGGAAGCUCUUCUUUCUACGUUGGGUUCCUGAAGCCUGCAUUCCCAAAGGAGGCCCCAUCACCGCCUACCACAAGCUCUCCCAACUGGUUGAUGAAAUUGAGAUACUACAGAGCCAGCUCAGGCAGUAUAAGGGACCCAGUCCAGGCAGCACGCCACUUCCCAGCCCAAGUGGGCCCCCUUCAGACCAAAGGAGGAUGUAUUUUAAGGCCAGUUCCCCAAAUGACCCCCCUACACCCCCAGACUUCCUUACAUCCUCAUUUCCUUUCACCCCAGUGGGAAACCUUUGCCGCCGCGGUAUCCAUGGGACUCCCAUUAGCAAAUUUCUGAACGGGGCGAGGAUCUGGCUCUCUACAGAGACUCUUGCUAACGACACUCUCUGAGGUUGUUGGGCUCACUUUUCUGAGCUCAGUACAGGCUUGUGUAACAAUUAAUCAUCUUAUUUUCUAUUGCCUCUUUCUUAAAUACCAAGAAGGAAAAUGAGAAAUAGAAAACUUUAACUUUUGACUUCUGAUUUUUAAUAAUUUAUAAGCUAGAAUUUGCACCGUUGAUGCUGCAUUGAAAUCUGAGGCAGUUUCUAAACUGAAGUGUCAUUUAUAGGCCUGAAUCAUCGUUUUCCAUUACAGUUGAGGAAGUGCGAUUAACUGAAGCACAUCUUACUUAUCGACCAGUGAGUUGCUACUGUGAGGUCUCCCCUGACUGUGAAAGAUGUUCAUGCUUAAUGCAUAUUUAUAAUAGAUGUAUUUUCUUAUCUACUUUGGUCUUAGUUAAGGUCUUUCUCAAGAUUUAGCUAAGCUAACUGCUCUUUAUUGAUGAGCAUACUGUAUAAGCCACACAAAGGGUGCUUUUAGAGAUUUCAAUAUUGAUUUAAAAUGAGGUUGAGAGCUUCCUCUCCAGGAUUUACCAGUGAUUCACUGCAAGUUUUAAAGCAAUAAUUGAAGAUUCACUAUGUAUGUGUGUUGUAGUGCUAUCAGUUUAGGUGUCCUUUCUUUGAAUUCUCAUUGGUCAUUAAGGCUUCCCCAUUGUAAUGGAAUUGACCAUUUUAAUCCAAAUAGGAAUGCUUGAAAUUAGAAAAUGCCAGGGUUUAUUGCAGCAGCGAUGAUGCUUUUCACUGAACACUGAUUUCCAAGUACUCGAUUUGUUAGUACCUUCCAGGAAGUGUAAUAGAAGAUAUUCUAAUAUUUUACCUAGUUUUAUUUCAGAAAGAGGAACAGAAAAUAACACUGCUAACACACUUUUACUAUGUGGUAAAAACAAAGAAUAACUGGCCUGGUUGAAUGUAAUGGGGCGCGUGUGUUUUCUUUUUUCUUUCUUUUUUUUUUGCACAGACUUAAUGCUAUUUGCUCCAAGUGCCCAUAUUUUAAUGUUUUUGUUGGUUUCAUUGUAAGUAGCAAAUAGUGUGUUUUCAGGGUUUGUAGAUUUACUCUAUUUUUAAAGCAGAGAAAAUGGCCUAUAUUUUUAGUAUCAUAAAGCAGAUGAUACUUAAAGGGGGAAGUGGAGCUGUGAGGACUUCGAUCUGUGGUAGACAUUUCCUCUUCUCGUUUGAGGGGGUUUACAAACUUUAAUAGAGGCCUUCUGGUAAGGCGCUGAGGAGAAACUAUUCAGAUCAACAGUAGCUGAUUGGGCAAAUAUUUGAAAUCAAAGGGACAGACAAGGGCUUUGACUCAAACCAGUCUCUACUUCUGUAUGUAGUGGGUUGGAUUUCUGGCAGUGAAGUUACUGAUCCAGUGAAUGAGACAGUGAUGGGUGAAUGACAAGUGACGCAGUUUCAAUCCAGCACGUGAGACAACAUCAGCAAUAAAUCACCUGAAUAGCAAGUGCACCAUGUGAGUAGUUUUGACAUUUCAAAAUCAGAUGACAAUAAAAGUAAUUUUCAACUAUAACUACAGCACACACACUGUUUAAAGAAACAGCUGUUGUUUUCUACAGAGGGAAAAUGAUUGAAGGAAUGAAUACAUCACCUGUGUACACUGUUAAACAUACUGUAUGCAGCCAUAACAAUACUUACAUGUGUACUAAAAUUCCUUGUUUUGGUCCAGAUAGUUCUGCUCUGUAUAGAGGAAUAAUAUAGUAGAAAACAAGCAGUGAAGUUACUGUACUUCCAGUCAGGGUAGUGAUGAUGAGGUUAGUGCAUAAACAUUUUAUGAUGCAAUCGGAGAAAUUUCUAGUGGGCGACUUCCAGGGCGCUGCAAAGAUGUUGACACGAGGACACCCAGAAGUUUACUACCUGCUGAACUGAGACUGGUUUGAUGCACAACAGGGGAGAUGAAUCAGCCAUCCAGUGCCUCUUUAAAACUGGUGACAAACUAGCACUGUGUAAUAUUGUAAUGUCUUAACAUAACAGCAGAGCAUUUAUUAUAAAAGACCACUGGACAGACUCAGUAUCUGUCCUUUUAUGCAGGCGCAUUGAUCCUUAGAUGCUAGAUUGACCAGUUUCAACAGAUAAACUUGUGAUUCUUCUGCAAUAACUAGUUCAGGUGUUUUUUGAUAUAGAUGUGUAUAGUGUGAGUGCAGAACCUGCUCUAAAUGCUAUUAAUUGCACAUUUUACUCAAUAUAUAGGAUAGUUUGUUUUAAGGUGGUUGUUGAAUAUAAUUUUGGCAAAUAUUAUAAAUACUGUAUAUGCUUGAAAUCUUCCAAUUAAUAUUUUUGAUCAAUGGUACUAAAUAUCUUUUAUCCUUGAUUUAAUCUUUAUAUUUUCUGGAGAGAUAUUUAUAUGCUGUUUUUCCACUAAUUCACAACAUUGCACUCUGCUGUAAUUGCAUGAUGAUUGUGCUCCAGCUGUGGCACAGUUUGAUAUUGAUGAGCAGUAGAUGUAUUUAUUCAGUUAUGCAAAUGUUCUCUAAGAGGGAUGCAAUUGCUACUGUACAUCCCCUGUGCCUUUUUGGGAAGAUUUACCAUUUUUGUAAUUAUUUGCUAAACCUGUUGACUCAUUUUAGUUUUCUAAAACUGUUGCUUUAUCAAUUCUGUAAAUCUAGUUAAAUUCAGGUACUGCACUGAAGCUGUUUUUUCCUAACAGAAAAUAAGGCUCAAAUGUGUACCAGUAACCAAUCAUUACAUUAUUUUUCAAGUGAAUUUGCUGUCUGCCUUUUAUUUCUCCUGGGUGUGUUUCAUGAAAACAAACCCAUCCUUAAACAAGAAUCCACUAAGUUUGUCUGAUAACCCACCUUCCAUAUGUAACAAAUGAUUUGAGAAAGAUGCUAAAAAACCUCUCACACAAAGCUUGGACAAUCCUCUCCUGCUAAAUGAAGAAAACACUGCUGUUGGUUCCAAGCUUACCUGCGGCUUAACAGUAGUCAUAUUCGCAAAGAUUCCCAGUACCAAGUGACGAUUACAAUCAAUAAUAAUUAUCUAUAACUCCUGUGUACAAAGAGUUUGUCGUAGCAAUAAGAAUUCUGUAUUUCCUCUUUAAAGAAUAUGAAAUCUCAGUAAAUCUCACAGUCAUAAAGUGUUACAUGUUAAAAUCCCUCCUGUGGUUAGGAAAUGAUAGGAGGAAGAGAAAAUGUCCAGAAGAAGAAAAGGCAGGAGAAAUGAUCAACAAAGGCUGAAUGACAUGGCUCAGUUAUUGUUAUUGUAUAGCAUCUUAAGAAAUAACAUUCAAGCAAUAUCUAAAAAUGCUCUACUAAAAUAACUUUUUGUAAUUUUUCUGUUAUUUAAAGAAGUCUCUGGCAGCUUGUUAAACUGGUACAAAGUAAAUCACUUCCUUUGAAAACUACUGUAAUGUAAAUUCAU